AUGGAAUCUGUGCUGGAAAAAUACAGAAAUCCGAAUAUCCCUGUUGAUGAUUAUACUCGACUGAUCGAGGCUUAUACUCGAGAGCGGAUCAAGCAACUCAAUCAACAACUUGAUGAGAUUUUGGAUGCUAAAAAUCAAUUAAUGGAAACAGAAAAACGGCUCGAUGAGAUGGAUACGACUCGUUCUAAAGGUUGGUGGGAAGAAAUCCCUGUCGAGAGUUUAGAUGGUAAUCAGAUUAACGAAUGGAUUGUGUGGUUCGAGAAUGUUCUAACUAUAGUGAAAGAUCGUAGAAGUAAGAUGAUCGAAAAUGGCGAGCGUGGCGACAUCAACGGCGGCGGUUCUUCAAGUCAAGUAUAA